CGAGGAAAGGCGGGAGGGCGCGCGCCGGGGCUGCCUGCUCGCUCUCUCCCUCGCUCGCUCGCUCGCUCCCUCCCUCGGCCGGCGGGUUUAGUCAGCCCGCCUGCAGCCGACGAGCCGCAGAGGGCCGGAGCCUCGGACGUCGCCGCCGCCGCCUCCUGCCAUUGUUCGUCGGGCUGAAGCUGCUGCUGGCGCGGCCGGGAGCCACUGGGACAUCAUGACAACAGAGAAGAGCUUGGUGGUUGAAGCUGAGGAUUCUCAGCACCAGCAACAGAAGGAAGAAGGUGAGGGAGCCACAAACUCAGGCCAACAAGAAACUCAGCUGGAAGAGGCUUCCCAACUGGCAGCUGAGGGCGCUAAUCAGUGUGAGCCGAAGCUGAGAGCGUCCAAUGGGGACACUCCGACACAUGAAGACUUGACCAAGAACAAGGAACGGACGUCAGAAGGCAGAGGCCUGUCACGACUGCUCUCCUCGUUGCUCAAAAGGCCCAAGUCUCAGGUUUCUGAAGAAGAAGGCAGAGAAGUAGAGUCAGAUAAAGAGAAAGGUGAAGGCGGUCUAAAGGAGAUAGACUUUGGAACCAGCCUUGAUGAAGACAUCAUUCUAAAGGCCCCUAUUGCAGCUCCUGAGCCUGAACUCAAAACAGACCCAUCUUUGGAUCUUCAUUCACUAAGCAGUAUAGAAACACAGCCAGCUCAGGAAGAACACAGAGAGGAUCCGGAGUCUGAAACGAGGGAAGAAGGGAUUGAAGAGUGCUCCAGGGCAGGCGUGAAGGAGGACCCCGAGUCAAAAGCGGAGAGAGAACCUGAGGCUUCGCUGAAGCCGGUCAGGAGGCACCGAGACAUGCACUGCAAGGUCUCUCUGUUGGACGACACAGUUUUUGAGUGUGUGGUGGAGAAACAUGCUAAGGGACAGGAUUUGCUUAAGCGAGUUUGUGAGCACCUCAAUCUGUUGGAGGAAGACUACUUUGGUUUAGCUAUUUGGGAUAGUGCAACCUCUAAGACAUGGCUGGAUUCUGCCAAAGAAAUAAAAAAACAGGUUCGAGGAGACAGAGUCUCUUCACUGAAGCUGUAUUAUUUAUGUCUUCAGCUUCGGCAGGACAUCAUUGCUGGACGGCUACCCUGUUCCUUUGCAACCUUAGCCCUCCUCGGCUCUUACACCAUCCAGUCUGAACUGGGAGACUAUGACCCGGAACUUCAUGGCGUGGAUUAUGUUAGUGAAUUUAAACUGGCUCCAAAUCAGACCAGGGAACUUGAAGAGAAGGUCAUGGAAUUGCAUAAAUCGUACAGGUCCAUGACUCCAGCUCAGGCUGACUUGGAGUUUCUUGAGAAUGCCAAAAAGUUAUCCAUGUAUGGAGUUGAUCUUCACAAAGCAAAGGACUUGGAGGGAGUGGAUAUCAUCCUAGGAGUCUGCUCUAGUGGCCUUUUGGUUUACAAAGAAAAGCUGAGAAUUAACCGCUUUCCUUGGCCCAAAGUGCUAAAAAUUUCUUACAAACGUAGCAGCUUCUUCAUCAAGAUCCGACCUGGAGAGCAAGAACAAUAUGAAAGUACCAUUGGCUUCAAGCUUCCCAGUUACCGAGCAGCUAAGAAAUUAUGGAAAGUCUGUGUGGAGCAUCACACGUUUUUCAGACUGACUUCUACAGACACCAUUCCCAAAAGUAAAUUUCUUGCCCUAGGAUCUAAAUUUCGAUACAGUGGCCGGACUCAGGCGCAGACCAGACAAGCCAGUGCUCUGAUUGACAGGCCCGCCCCGCACUUUGAGCGGACAGCAAGCAAACGGGCAUCCAGGAGCCUUGAUGGAGCAGCAGCUGCUGAACCCACAGACCGAAGUCCUCGGCCCACCUCUGCACCAGCCAUUGCUCAGAGUCAGGUCCCAGAAGGGCCAGGGGCACCUGUUAAAAAAACACAGAAGGAAGAUGCAAAGGUUGAAGUAAAAGGGGAAGAAGAACCACCUGAGCAAGCUGAGCCAGAGCCCACAGAAGCGUGGAAGGUGGAAAAAACCCACAUCGAGGUCACAGUACCUACCUCAAAUGGUGACCAAACACAGAAGCCUGCAGAAAAAGCUGAAGAUCUGAUAAGAAUGAGGAAGAAAAAGAGAGAGAGACUAGAUGGUGAAAACAUUUAUAUCAGACAUAGCAAUUUAAUGUUGGAGGAUUUAGACAAGAGUCAAGAAGAAAUCAAAAAGCAUCACGCCAGCAUCAGUGAGCUGAAAAAGAACUUCAUGGAAUCGGUACCCGAACCACGGCCUAGCGAGUGGGACAAGCGCUUAUCCACACACUCGCCCUUCCGAACUCUUAACAUCAACGGGCAAGUCCCUACUGGAGAUGGAAGUGUUAAUGACAUUCGCACAGAGGAGGUGGCUGUCGUGACAAAAGGGCCAUCCACCUACCCUGCCUCCGAACGGGAGAGCCCCAAGCAGUCAGUGGUCCCUAGUCAGAAUCUGAUGACCACCCCACCGGCGUCUCCUCAGAGCUAUGGUUCUGGCUCCCUCUCCAUAAACAGCAAGGAGGCGGAAGAGAAGGAGCAGGGGACAGCUGGCUAUCAUGAUGCUCAUGAGAUGCCAACAGGCCCAAGUGGGGAAUGUUUAGGAGUGGAGGAACAGCCCAAUUCCAUAAGUUUCCCAGUAACUCCAGCUUCCUGCCAGCUGCAGCGUGGUGGAAAAAAGUCAGAGAGUAGUGAAGAGCCAGUUGCACCAGCAGAGACCCUUGAGACCCAGAGCGGAUCCUCUCUUGACUCUCGCGUGGGUAACCAGGUCCCCACCCUCAUUCGAAGUUUCCAGCCUCCCCUGGUAAAGACUCAGACUGUCACCAUCUCAGACACUGCCAAUGCUGUGAAAAGUGAAAUCCCAACCAAAGAUGUUCCUAUUGUCCACACUGAGACCAAGACCAUCACCUACGAGGCUGCCCAGACCGAGGACAGCAAUGGGGACCUGGACCCUGGAAUCUUGCUGACAGCUCAGACCAUCACAUCUGAGACCACAAGCAGCACAACCACAACUCAGAUUACCAAGACUGUCAAAGGUGGAAUUUCUGAGACCCGGAUCGAGAAGAGAAUUGUGAUCACAGGAGAUGCUGAUGUUGACCACGAUCAGGUCCUUGUACAAGCCAUCAAGGAGGCCAAGGAACAGCACCCAGACAUGUCAGUGACCAAGGUGGUCGUCCACCAGGAGACCGAGAUCUCUGAGGAGUGAGCUCAGGGACUGUCCUGUCCCCUCCCCAUCCAAGAGAAGCCAGCAUAUCGUAAAGAAGCCAGCCUGCAACAGUCAGACUUUGAAGACUGUUCCACACCACAGAAAACCAACUUGAUUUUCUACUGGGAUUUAUACCGAGACUCUUCAGAUACCACAGCUGUUUUCUAUAUUGUGAUACAGAAAUUGUCAGCUUUUCAGUCUAUGAACUGUUUUUAAGACAUUUUGGGUUUUUUAUGGGGUGGUUGGUGACCCUUCAGCCUCUCCUCACUCAUUUCCAACUCAGACCCUGACAGGAUCCACAGACUUCCUGAGAACCCUCUAGAGACCCUGUCAGCCGUGAGGCCAGAGCCAGCUCAUGGGACCUCCUGCUCCUUCUGCAGCUUCCUAUCCUGGAUGACACAGAAACUUCAUGCACCAGUGAAUGUCAGGCAGGGCAGACGACCUGGUCACAGACGUCCCUUUGCAGGGUGUUUGGUGAGGCAGGGACCUCAUCUGAGCACCUGGUGUCACACACCCUACUUCUGUUGGGAGCUGUAGGUCAGAGACAUCAGUUGCUUCAGGUAGAACUAAUACUGUGAACAUUUGAAUGCAUCUGUGUGGCCUUCACCUCCCCAGCUGUCCUGUCCCUCGUCAGAAACAGCAGCUUCGCCAAGUGUUCCCCAGCUCCCAUCUCAGGAGACCAGAACUUACGGAAAAAUUAGGCACUCUUAGCCAAAAGUGCCGGUGGAACAUUUUUAGUUGUAGUUUGGGAAGGAAAAGUUAAUGAGGUUUUAAAAAUCAGGUCUUGCUGUUCAGGAGCGCGCUUCACCCAGGGGAGUGGCGCCCUUACCUUGGUUGGACCCCACGAAGAGUGCUCCCAGCCUCAGCCGGGCCACCCCCUCCAUGGUAAGGGAAUGUGGCUCAGGGAAGAGAGUGCGCUCUGUGCCUGAGGGUGCCCUCCAGGAGCAAGGGUAUUGCUUACCUCCUGGUGGUCAUCCCUGAGUGGGGUGGGUGUGAGCAACUCUGCUCAUCCCCCAAUGCUUGAGAUGUCUGUUGGGUUUUUUUUGGACUUUAUUUCAUUGUGGAUUUUGGAUUUGGUUUCCUUUUUCUUUUUUAAUAUUGGUUUUGAAAAGAGAGCCUGAUGUCCCCAAUUGGUGGUGAGAAUUUGUGGCCUUUUUUCCCCCCCUUUUCUCCAAACAGGGCCUCUGUAAUCCUCCAGCUUACUUCCUACAAACAGAUCUGCCUGGGAAGCUUCUUAGACUCCCAAUUCUAGGCUAGGAAUGAACUUCAUGAGGGUUGACAGCGGGUCUCUGGCAGCACUGGCUGAAGGACAGUGAGCCAGUGUAAAGAAGGGAGCCACAGAAGUCCCCGGCCUCCUGGCCGAGUGCUCUUUACACAGACUCAGCGACUUUGGACGGGUUUUGAGUGUGCAUUUUUCUUUGAGCUCCUGCGAGACUGUUAGCAACAGCAGCUUGCUCUCAGGAGGGAAAGCCUUGGGUUCUGCUCCCAGACACAAACCUGCAGACUGUGGUACGGGGCCUGGUGGGACUGAGCCAGAGGAGGCUGUGCUGGGAGUGAAGUUAGCAUGGACUCCAGCUCUGAGACCCAGGAGGAGGAAGAGAGGGGCCACGUGCCCACUGAGCACUGUGCUCUGGGCUAUCCUCAUCAGGACCUCAGACCUGGGUACCUGACCUCUGCUCCUCUCUGCUGCCUUUGUCUGGAAAUUGGACCAGAAUUCUGAUAUCCCUCCAGGACUCCGCCCCCUCCUUUGCCGGCUCUGGCAACAGAUCUUGGGAUAUAGUAAGUGUUUGGAUUUUUUUUUUUUCUUUCUGCAGUUGGUGUGAAGUACAGACUCUGUACAGGUAGAAGUAGUGAGGGGGAGGGGAAUCCCAUCUCCAGGGUCAAGGACUUGGCAGGAAUUUCCCCAAAGUGACUCAGGCAAGCACAGUUAACAAACCCAACUGCAGUUUUAUUUUUACUCCAGAAGUAAGCUUUCCUUCAGACCACAUGAGAUCUCUGCCACCCACCCACAAGGCGAGCCCUAUAUUCCUAAGCUGAGGGCCCAAGGAGGCUAACUCCAGGGACCCUCCCCCAGGCCAGCAGUAUAUUCUGGGGGAUGCUGAGCAGCUGGGGCCAGCGGGCUGCGGAGUUAUGGCCAAGCCAGCACCUCCAAUGCUGAUGGGAAAUACAAGCCCCAGGCUGGUUGUUUUUACAAAUCUCUCUCAAAUUAUUAUUAUUUUGAUGAAAAAAAUGAAGGAGCUUUGUAAAUUUUUCUAAAAAUUAUGAAUCAUAUCAAGUAGUUGUUUACAUUUGACAGAAUAGGAACGCCGGCAGUAGAGCCAAGUGGAAAACCCUAGGUGUGAGAGAGGCAGUAGUAGGCCUGCCGUCUGCACCUUUCAUAGCGACAGAUGUGGCUGAGUGUUUUAGCUAAGUGUUUGGUCUUGCUUCUUGUAUGGCAUUUUUCAAUAAACAUGACAAAAAAACUUUUCUGUGAGGACUGAUCCACUUUAAAAUUUCUAACAAAAGCAUGGAAAAAAUUAAACCUGGGAAGGGAAGCCACUGUAUGUGUGCUAAGCUGCCCACACUGGCCACAGUGCAGCUCCGGGCUGUGGAAGUAACUGCUGAGAACUAGCGGGUGCCUUCUGCCAACUGGGGGAGACUUUGCAGCAAGGGUCAGACGAAAGUGAGAUGGACCUGUCUCUGUGGGGAGCUGUCUGACCCCAGGAGCAGGGCACUGGCAGUAGUGAGCCCUGCUAGGAUAGCCCACCUGGCUGGAGGAAGAAUGGGCCUGAUGUGGCAGUUAGAGGUGCAGUCACGGCCCCAGAAAGCUGCAGGGGGUCUCUCUUCCACUUCAUCUCCCACCUUCCCCCUGGAGGUCCCACCUCCAUCACCACUGCCACCUUGGAGGGAGCCUGUCCCAGCCUGAGACAUCCCAACCUACCACUGUUGCCUUUGCCUAAGUACCCGCGCAUCUCUGGAUGCUCCUGGCCUAGCCUGCAGCCCCUCAGGUACCUGUCCCGGGGCUAAGGCCACAUGGGCUGAAGAAAUUCCUGAGGCUGAAUCAUGCUGGUGUCCACAUUAACACAUGCCCCUGAGGCUGGCCGGUGCAGCUGGCACUGCUCUCAACACAUGCAGGUCAGGAGGCUGAGCGGCUGCUGUCACCGCAGCAUCCAUCCUAAGCCUCAGAGGUGACUGAAGCAGCUAGUGGACACUAGACUUCUGGUGUCCUGGUCCCAUGGUCCACGCUGGUAG